AUGAGUUUUAAAGAUGAUGAAAUAAAUAAUUACAAUAAUAUCAAUAGUAGCAAUUAUAAUAAUAAUAAUAAUAACAAUAAUAAUAAUAAUAAUAAUAAUAAUAAUAAUAAUAAUAAUAAUAAUGGUGGUGAUACAAAUUUUGAUAGUAGCGAUGAUGCAAUCUUCAUCUAUGAAGAAGAAAUUAUACCAAUACAGAAAGAACAGCAAUCGCCAAUAAUGACACCAGCAACACCAACUACAACAAUAAUAAAUGAUAAGCUACAACAACAAGAACAACAAGAACAACAACAACAAGAACAAACAGAUAAACAAUCACAUGAAGACCAACAGGAUGAACAACAACAAAUGGAAGAUAUAGAAUAUCAAGAUAUGGUAAUAACAGAAUAUUCAGAUAAUAAUAAAAGUAAUGAUAGUAUAGUAGUUGAAAAUGAAAAUUAUGAUAGUAUGAUUGUAGAAGAUGAUGUUAUGGCAAAUGUUAACAAAGAAUCACAACUAAUUGAACGAGAAGAAUAUAACAUACAACAAUUUGAAACACCUCCUCAAGAACAACAAGAACAACAAAAAAAACAACAACAACAAGAACAACAACAAGAACAACAACAAGAACAACAACAAAACCUACAAAAAAUAGCAACAACAGGUACUGAUAUAACAGGUACAGAUACAAACAUCACUACUACUACUACCACUACUGAUACCCCAACCAUUAAAAUUAAAUAUAAUGAUGAAUUAUUCUUUAGAAUGUGGAAAGAUAAAGACAUAAGUCAAAUUAUUUGGAAAUGUGUGAAAAUAAGGAGUGAUCUAUACAAUACUUAUAAUAAUAAUAAUAAUAAUAAUAAUAAUAAUACUUAUAACAAUAAUAACAAUAAUAAUAAUAAUAAUAAUAAUAUUACAAAUAAUAGAGUAUGGAAAUAUUAUCAAACUCAUUCAUUAGAAUGGUUAAUUAAAAAUAAUCAUUGGCAAUUAUUUAAAUAUCGUUUAAAACGUGGUGAUUAUAUCUCAUUCAAUGAACAAUCAUUUAAACUUAUUCAUAAAUUAUUUGAUCAAAUUAAAUUAUAUGAAGAAAAAGAUGAAAAAGAAAAAGAAAAAGAAAAAGAUAAUGAUAAAAGUAUUAAUAAUAAUAAUAACAAUAAUAAUAGUGAAAAGAUAAAAGGUUGUAAAUUAGAUGGAAAUGAAAUUAAAGAGAUAUGGAGUUUAUUCUAUAGACAAUAUCAAACUACAUUAUUACAUUGUUUAGAUAAUGCAGUAGCGGCAAAUAACUUAAUAGCUUUACAAUCGAUUGUAGAGAAUUCAUCAUUUCUAAUUCAAUAUCAACCAGAUAUACAAUAUAAAGCAAUAGCAAGUGGUAAUGUUGAAUUAUUAGUUUAUCUUCAUAGUAUUGGUAUCGAUUCAAAAUUAAAUCCCCUAUUAGUAAUUGAUUAUGCUCAAAAAUCUUCAAAUGUUAGUAAUAUGAUUAGAUAUUUAAAUAAUAAGAGAUAUAAUACAAAUAAAUCACCCAAUGAUAAUAAUAAUACAACAACAGCGACAACAACAGCGACAACAAGUAACAAUAAUAAAAAUACAACUACUACCACUACUACUACUACCACUACUACAAAUACAAAUUCAAAUUCAAAUUCAAAUUUAAAUUCAAAUUCAAAUUCAAAUUCAAAUUCAACUACAAUGAGUAGUUCAUCAUUACCAAAAUCACCAGAAAGUUUUAUAACGGAUGAAGAUUUUACAGAAGCAGAGAAAGAAUUUUUAGGUUUAAAAGAUUGUGUUUUAGUUGAUAAAGAUAGUAUUAUGUUACCAAGUUCAAGUUUAUUAUUUGACCAUUUAAAGAGUAAAACGGUAUUUUAUAAAUUAGAUUAUGAUUUACAAUUGAUUUUUGUUAGGGAGAGUAAGAAUUGUAAAAUUUCAUUCUUGGAGGAUUUAGUAAAAUGUUUUAAUCCUUGGAAAGAUCAUACACUACAAUCGAUGGAUAUUAUCAACUAUGUGAAUAUAAUGCAAAAGAUAAUGAAAAUGGAUAUAUUUGGAAGCAAAGGUACAGCUGCAUUAUCAUUAUUAGAACUAGCCAAUGGAUCAUUGUUUAGAAUUUGUUCAAAUUAUAAUAGUGAUAAUAUCAAUAUCGAUAGUAUUGAAAAUAAUCAAUUACUGUCUGGUAAUUUACCAGAUAGAGCAACAUUAAUGGAGUUAUUAUAUAAUCAAUGGGUAUUGCCAUUAAAAGAUACAACAUUCAAUCAAAAGAAUACAUGCUAUUAUAAAUCAAUCACUCAAGGUAACACAAUUGAAGCUGAAAAAUUAAGAUUUGAACAAAUGAAACCAUCAAUCAACUAUUUAGAGAAAGCAACCUCUCUCUUGGAAAUCUCAUUUAGAAAAGCUCAUAUCCCUUCAUUAGAAUUAUUCUUAAAAAUUUAUAAAUUAAAUCAUCUUUUCACUUAUGAUUAUCAUAACUUUUUUUCAAAUAAAUUUCAAAUUGAUUCAAAUUUAUUUAUAGAUUUAAAAGAAGAUAAUAAUAAUAAUAUUAAUAUUAAAAAUGAAAUUAAAGAAGAAGAAGAAGAAAAAGAAAAAGAUAAUAAUAAUAAUGAAUCAAUUGAAAAAAAGAAAAAAGAAUUUUUAACAGUUUUAUUAAGUAGAACAGAAUUUACAAAUUCAUUCUAUAUGAAUUUAAUGAUUACAUUAAUUGAAAAGAGAAAAGAUUUUAAAUUGGCAGAAUUUUGUUUUCAAUUUCAAAGUUGUAAAAUUUAUCAAACAAAUUUAUAUCAAAGUGCGAUAAAGAAUAAUAGUAUUGAAUUUUGUAAAUUUUUAUUUUCAAAAUCUGUGAAAUUACAAAAACAGGAUUUAGAACUUUUAACUACAAUUCCAAAUAAUGUGGAUUUAUUAAAAGAGAUUUUAAAAUCAAAUCAAGUACCAUCAUUAAUUGAAAUUUAUCAUUUAAUGGAAAGAUCAAUUAAAGAUUCAAGAUUAGACAUUUUAAAAUGUCUUUUAGAAUCUUUUCCUUCUUCAAUGAAAUUCGAUUUAUUAAAUUAUGCUGCAAAUUUUAAUAGAAAUGAAAUUAUUGAUUAUUUAAUGUUAAAUCAUUCAAAUUCAAUUAAAACUAUAACUAGUAAUGGUACAUCUCCAAAUUCAAUAUCAACAACAACAACAACAACAACAACAACAACAGGUACAAGCGCAAAUACGAGUGGUGGUGCAAAUAAUAAUAUUAAUAAUAUUUUUGGAACAAUUAAAAUUUCAACACCAGAUUUACAAUUAACAGCAAGAACUAAAUUACAAUUGAAAAAGUAUGGAAUUGAAUAUCCAUGUUUUAAAAAUUUAAUUGUACCAUCAAAGAAUCCAAUUUUUAAUGCAAUUGCGUCAAAUGAUCAUGAAUUGUUGGUUUCAGAAUUUAAAGAUCAUUUCAAUCAAUAUAAAUGUUAUUUAGAUAAUGGUUUAAUGCAACUUUUGGGUCAAAUUGGUAAUUUUGAUACAAUUAAAUACUUUGUUGAUUAUAUGGAAUUGGAUUUAAUUAAAACUUUUCAAUUGGUAUCAUCAACACUUCAUUUUGGUCAUAUUGAAAUCUCAAAAUGGUUAUUGUUAGAGAAAUUGCUUGAAAAGGAUUACUAUAAGAAUCUGUUGAAUUUAUUAUUAUCCUAUGAUGUUUCAAAACCUUUGAUUUGGGAUCUGUCAAGUUUGGAUUUAAUUUGUACAAUCAUUGAUAAGAAUUUCAAUACUGGUAAUCAAAAUAUAUUAAAUGAACAAUUUAAAAAAAUAUUCUCGCGUGGUCUUUUAUUUUGUGUUAAAUAUUUAUUGGAACGUUAUCCCGAUAAAGAUCUUUUAAAAAGUCAAAUCACUGAUAAUACAUUAAUCAAAAAAGCUUUUCUCACUUCAAAAGGUCAAUACUAUGGUUUCAAUAACCAAAUUUCAAUUAAAACUUGUUACUUUGAAAAUUUUAAUAAAUUUAAUAUUCAAAUACAACAACUUGAACAAGAAAAAGAAAAACAACAAAAUGAAAAUGAAAAUUUAUUAUUAGAAAAUAAUAAUAGCAAUGAAACUAUUGAAAAUCAUCAUAAGAGAAAAAGAGGAGAAGAUAUUUAA